AGCAUGCGCAGGCGGGGCGGGCGGGGCUCUGCAGCUGCCGCCGGCCUGUGCCGCCCGCCGGGCGUCAGUGUGGAGCCAGCCCGCCCCGGGCCACGCGCGCUGCCAUGCUGAGCGGGGCGGGCGCCGAGCAGAGCGUUGCGGCUCCCAUCCCCGCUCCGGCCUCGCCCGCGGCGCUGGGUAACGGCGAGAGAAACAAGAGAGGGAAUAUAUGAAGGAGGAGGUGGAGGAUUCUGCUGAAGAUGAGGCGACUGAAUCGGAAGAAAACCUUGAAUUUGAUGAAAGAAUUGGAUGCCUUCCCAAAGAUUCCUGAAAGCUAUGUGGAGACUUCAGCGAGUGGAGGCACAGUUUCUCUGAUAGCAUUUACAACGAUAGCUUUCCUGACCAUAAUGGAGUUCAUGGUGUAUCGAGACACAUGGAUGAAAUAUGAAUAUGAAGUAGACAAGGAUUUUACCAGUAAGUUAAGAAUCAAUAUUGAUAUUACAGUUGCCAUGAGGUGUCAGUAUGUGGGGGCUGAUGUUCUGGAUUUAGCAGAAACAAUGGUCUCCUCUGCAGAUGGGCUAAUCUAUGAACCAGUAGUAUUUGACCUCAGCCCACAGCAAAAAGAAUGGCAAAGGAUGCUGCAGCUAAUUCAGAGUAGGCUGCAGGAAGAGCACUCACUUCAGGAUGUGAUAUUCAAAAGUGCUUUUAAAAGUGCUUCUACAGCACUGCCACCACGAAGAACACGGGAAGAUAACUCAUUACAGUCUCCAGAUGCAUGCAGAAUACAUGGUCAUCUCUAUGUCAAUAAAGUAGCAGGGAACUUUCACAUAACUGUGGGCAAGGCAAUACCACAUCCCCGAGGCCAUGCACACUUGGCAGCCCUUGUAAGCCAUGAGUCCUAUAACUUCUCUCACAGAAUAGACCAUUUGUCAUUUGGAGAGCUUAUUCCAGGAAUUAUUAAUCCUUUGGAUGGAACAGAAAAAAUAGCAUCAGAUCACAACCAGAUGUUCCAGUACUUUAUCACAGUUGUGCCAACCAAACUCCACACGUAUAAAAUUUCAGCGGAAACUCAUCAAUUCUCAGUGACAGAAAGGGAAAGAGUAAUUAAUCAUGCAGCUGGCAGCCAUGGGGUGUCAGGAAUAUUCAUGAAAUACGAUAUCAGUUCACUUAUGGUGACAGUGACAGAAGAACACAUGCCUUUUUGGCAGUUCCUAGUGAGGCUCUGUGGCAUUAUUGGUGGAAUUUUUUCAACUACAGGAAUUUUACAUGGCUUUGGAAGAUUUGUAGCAGAAAUUAUUUUUUGCCGUUUCAGACUGAACUCGUACAGAUCCACAUCGGUCUCACUUCCUGAUGGCCACUCAAGCAACCACUUACCUCUAAUUACAGACAACAGCACGCAUUAGCCACCUGAGGAUUUUCUUUCUUCCUACCUGAUAGAGAAGACACUUUUUUAUAAUAAAGAAAAUGUUGUGCAAUAUGCUGAGACAGUGCUGAUGGGCAGCAACAGUGCUGAUGGGCAGCAAAAAAUGAAGCCUUUACAAAAAAAACAAACGACAAACCAAUCAGCAAAACAAUUUGUGUAACUUUUUUUCUUUCUGUGUGCACGUGGAGUCAUAGGAGGUUGUGAGACCACUGAGGAGAACCAUCUUGUGGAGAUUAAAGGAGCAUUGCUGCCAGUACAGUACUCAUGGUCGAGCUGAACAUCUUUGUGAUGACUGCCAUUGAAGCACCUUGGUGAUCUCAGUUCUGUGCCUGGGAAGGCUCACAGACUCUGAGGGGAAAAGGGUAGAAAUGGGAUGUGUGGAAGGGCUGGGCAUCAGGCAGAGAAGGACAGUAAUAUUGCUGGGGUUCCUCUUGGGUGUACAAAUUGGGGUUUGGGUUUGCUUAUUCUUUCAUAGUGGUGAAGCUGAGGACGAAGAUGCAAUUCUUACAGGUGGGGAGCAAUCCUAGAAAAUCCUGAAGGGGGAGAUGAGAGAGAACUUGGGGAGUAAGGUGGAGUCCAAACCAUAAUGUUGGUCAUAGCAGCUGCCUUUCUCUAGUCCCACAGCUCCUUAGAGGAAGAAACAUAAUGAGGAGCAGAGGAGUUCCUCAGUGCUUUUCACACAACUGCUUUGGCAACAGUGAGAAUAUAACUUCUGGUGUUGUGGAAGUGCCCAAGGACUCUGAGGAUGGGCUCCAGUGUACACAGAUUUUUGACUUGGAGUAAGAAGCCUUUUACAUAGUGCAUUUGACUGUACUUUUGAUAAAAGGCAAGGCUCCCUGGCAAGAAAAAAAAAAAAUCAGGAUAUCUCUGUAUACCUCUUCCUUGGUAAAGGAAUUGCUUUGAUGAAACCUUUGUGGUACCCCUGGUGCUGCUAGUAUGUAAGCCAUGCUAUAUAAAUUCUGGAGAUGGGGAGGAAAAAGCAAGAAGCUGCUUUGCUUUGUUUCAGCUAAGUACUGCAGAAAGGUGGAAUUUGGGGUAGGUGGGAGGUCUGCUAGCCCAGGCAGGGAGCUGUGGAAUUCAACUUCAGGUGGCAGGUGACUUCAAGGAAUCUGAAUUAUCUCAUCAUCUGACAGAUCAUGAGAAGGGAUCUGCAGAAUUAAUCCUUAUUGUACAUGAAGGUUUUUGUAAAAUAAAUGAAGAUAGCAAUAUUGUAAAUAUGCUACUGAGAAUGAGUGUUGUUAAUGUAGAUGGUGCUUUGAGAAACUAAACAUCCUCUUACUGAUGAACUACUGCCAUACACCUGUGGUUCAACAGUUGCUCCACCAGGGUGAUAAUUAAUGAUAUGAUUCCUUCAUAGCAAGAUGGGUUUAAUAAUAUAUUAGGAGAUGAUGCUGACCCUGGCCUUACUCAACAUGGAAUGGAUAUUAUGAUUGAGAGGACUAACUAUGAAAAAUAAAAAAGUCUGUGGUGUUGUCA